CCUAGAAAUUGGACUUGCAAUCAGCCUGAAAUCAAAUAUUAACCAACCCAAACCACUCCAUGAUAUUCUUCUCUCAGCUGCCGCCAAGCUUUCUAAAUAUUUUCUUCCAUCUGAAAUCAUUUAGGCUUCCCACCAAAGCAACACACUACCCGACAUAACAAAUCCUCUUACUUCGCUUCCUUGUGGGAUUGAUAAACGAGACUCCACUAGAGCCCUGUCUUACUUGAGCGAUACGUAUACUUGCAUUUGAAAUUGCACUCUUCCUUUCAAUUCAUUCCGACAUUCUCUUCUCCUCCUUCCCUUUCUCCAUCUCCUUCCUCUCCUUUCUGUAAUCUGAUUCAGUUUAUACUAAUAUGGCUCUGAAGCAGCGGGUGGAGAGGUUCAUCAUGCUUCCCUUCUCAGUUGGUUGUGCUUCUCAGUCAGCCAUUAGAGUCUCCAAGAACCAACCAAAGAAUACUCACAUCAAAGAAGUCUUCAUGCUUGAAGAUGAAGAUGGGAGGGAGGAGAAUGCUAGACCCAAGAGUUCCUCAUUCUUUCUCCAGCUCCAAAGACCAAACUUCUUUGUUGGUAUUCAUAAACUAGCUAAAGGACUCAGGAACUUAUCAACUCUGUUCACAAUCUACAAAGAUGAUGAAGAAGAAGAAGAAGCAGAGAUGGAGAUCGGAUACCCUACAAAUGUGCAGCAUGUGGCUCACAUAGGAUGGGAUGGCUACAAUCAUGUGAGUGGAAUGAAGAGCUGGGAGAAAGCACCAGAGUUCUUAACUUUGUCUUCCCUUUCUUUGAAGUAAUUUGAGUUGGCCAUGUCCGCACAGGUGCAGGGUAGUGGUCCUCUUUGAGGUUUGGAUUAGUGUUU